GAUGUUUGCUAAAGCUCUGAUCCCAUUUCUUUCCCUCGCCUUGAUUGUCCGAGCUGCUCCCUCGCACAAGUCAGACUGUGGCAACGGCCACCUGGCGAGUAACUCUCAGUGCUGUGUGUGGUAUGAUGUCCUCGACGACAUCCAGACGAACCUCUUCGAUGGCGGCGAGUGCGGGGAAGAGGCCCAUGAGUCUCUCCGGUCAACCUUCCACGAUGCCAUUGGCUUCUCUCCUGCGCUCUUCAGAGAGGGGAAGUUUGGGCAAGUCCUUCACGGUGGCGGUGCCGACGGUUCCAUCAUGGCCUUUCCCAUCGAGACCACCUUUAAAGCUAGCGCCGGCCUAGACGAGAUCGUUGGAGAGCAGAAGCCCUUUGCUCUCAAACAUAACGUCUCAUUUGGUGAUUUCAUUCAAUUCGCCGGUGCGGUUGGUGUCAGCAAUUGCCGUGGUGGCCCUCGCCUGCAGUUCCUUGCAGGCCGGUCCAAUCACUCUCAAGUUUCACCAGACGGCCUGAUUCCGCUCCCGGAGGACCCCGUGGACAAGAUCCUCGCCCGCAUGGCAGACGCUGGGUUUAGUCCUGCUGAGGUCGUCGACUUGCUUGCGUCACACACGGUAGCUGCUCAGGACCACGUCGACCCGACUAUUCAUGGCAGCCCCUUCGACUCUACUCCCUCCGACUUCGAUGCUCAGUUCUUCGUCGAGACACUUCUCAAGGGUGUAGCCUUCCCUGGUAACGGCUCGAACGUCGGUGAGGUCCUCUCCCCAUAUCCGGGUGAGAUGCGUCUUCAGUCCGAUGCUGCCAUCGCCCGUGAUCCCCGCACGGCCUGCGAGUGGCAGUCGUUCAUCGCAAACCAAGAACUGAUGGUCAGGAAAUUUGAGAAGGUCAUGGCCAAGAUGGCGGUGCUCGGGCAGGACCCUCGCAAACUUAGUGACUGCUCUGAGGUCAUCCCCGUGCCCAAGCCCGCCGCAUCUCAAGUCGCGCAUCUCCCCGCUGGCAAGAAACUCAAGGAUAUCCAGGUGUCAUGCAAACAUAUUCCGUUCCCCACCAUCAAGGCUGACCCUGGCCCGGAGACCUCCAUCCCCGUUGUCCCUGCUUCGUAA